AAUAUAAUUUACAUAUAGUAGAAAGAAAUUCGCACAAUUUUUUUUAAAUAUUUUUGUUUGCUUUUUUAUUAAAAUUUAAAUAUGAAUUUAAUAAAGUUAAAAAAUUUGGACUUAGUAUUCAGUGUGUAUUUUAUUAUUUUCAUUGUAACAGGCUUCAAUAUAACUAAAGCUUCAAAAAACGAUUAUAAUCUUGUUGAUAAGCCUAAAGACGAGAAAUAUAUAGAGGAUAAUAAUCUUGUUGAUGAAUCUAUAAAUGGAAAAUUUCUAGGCGGUGAAAGUUACAUUGAAAUUGUGACUAAAGGAGCAAAAUCUACUAAUAUCUCACUAAAUUCACAAGGUCUCAAAACUGCUCUUCCAGAAAGUGAUAAUGGAAAUACAGGUCAAAAUUUAAAAAUAAUCGAUGACUAUUUUGUUUUUAAAUGACUAAUUCUGGAAAAUCAAAAACAGUAUUGCGAAAUAUAAACUUGUUUUUAGUUAAAAUACUAACAAAUAAAAAUAUAUUACAGCAUAUCAUCUACUAAACUAUGAAAAAAACAUUUUAUUUUAUUGUUUUUCAUAUAUAAAUUCAAUGUAAUAAUAUUUUUGAUAUUUACUGGAUU